UCGGAGCGUCUCUCUCCUUGCCGAGCGACCGCAGCAGCAGGAUCGGGUUACGCUACGCCCCCUUUGUUUAUUAAGCCCGGGUCAGUGCGCCGUUAGCCGCGGGACAACACGAGCUCGCGUUGGACACCGUCCGCGGGGGGAAGCGCAGCUCCAUGCCUUGACAAGCGGAUCGAGUGCGAAACUCCUUUUAAUGGGGCGAAAUCCCGUCCAGGUGGAGCUGUAAAAAUGAUUGAAACAAUGGACACGCAGCGUGCCUUGCAGGCAGUGGAGCGGCUCCAGGCCAAGCUGAAGGAGCGGGGGGAGGUGCCCACCGAGGAAAAGCUCAGCCUGCUCAAGUCGGUGCUCCAGAGCCCCCUCUUCCACCAGAUCCUGGCCUUGCAGAAGUCUGUGCAGCAGCUCAAAGACCAGGGGUGUGGCAUUCACGUCACAGAAGAGCACCACAACGGCAGCCAUGUCGCGCCCUCGGACAUCAGCGCCGGCGAAACCAAAUGUGAUCAAUUGGAUCAGAUUAUUCAGACUAUGGCGCAGGGACGCUACGUGGCCCACGUGGACUUGCAGAAGCCGGCGAUGGGGGGCCUGGGAUUCAGCGUGGUGGGCCUGAAGAGCGAGAACCGCGGCGAGCUGGGCAUCUUCGUCCAGGAGAUCCAAGCGGGGAGUGUGGCUCACAGCGAUGGAAAGCUGAAGGAAGCCGACCAGAUUUUGGCCAUCAACGGGCAGCCCCUCGACCAGACGGUUACCCACCAGCAGGCCAUCGGCAUCCUGCAGAGGGCGUCGGAGAGGGUGCAGCUCAUCGUGGCCCGGGGACCCAUACCUCAGCUGUGGCAACACGUGGAGACUAUCGAGCUGGUCAACGACGGCACCGGCCUGGGCUUUGGUAUCGUGGGAGGGAAGACGACGGGCGUUAUUGUGAAAACCAUCCUUCCUGGAGGCAUCGCCGACCAGGACGGCCGCCUGAGAAGCGGCGACCACAUCCUAAGAAUCGGAGACACUGACCUCUACGGAAUGGGCAGCGAGCAGGUGGCGCAGGUUCUGCGACAGUGCGGCAACCGGGUGAAGCUGGUCAUCACGCGGGGCCACGUGGACGAGAACCCUUCCGUCUCCGCGUCCACGCCGGCGUCACUCCCGCCGGACAAGGUCGCCGUCACGCGGAAAAGCGGCAUUCACGUCUGGACCGUACGACACCACGUGCUAAAACUCCUUUCACAGGGCGAUGAGAAGGAAGAAGAAGAAGGCGCGUUCGACGUCAGCCUUAUCAAGAACACCCAAGGGCUGGGGAUCACUAUUGCCGGUUAUGUUGGCGAUAAAAAUGCAGAGCCCUCCGGUAUUUUCGUCAAGAGCAUAACCAAAGACAGCGCUGUAGAUCAAGACGGUCGCAUUCACGUGGGAGACCAGAUCGUGGCUGUGGACGCCGUGAACAUCCAGGGAUACACCAACCAACAGGCCGUGGAAGUCCUCCGGCACACGGGCCAGGCCGUCCACCUGAAGCUGAUCCGCCGGGGGUUCCGGCCCGACGAGAUCCCCCCCGCCGUGGCCCCCGUCGUCACCAUCCUGCCUCCGUCUGCUGCCGUCCUGAACGAGCCGGACGUGGAGGGACAGAUAGAAGCAGACCGAGAUGAAACGCAGUCGCAGACAAUGAACGAAGGACCCGCCGUCACGCCGGUUGUAGAUCAGCUGACAGAAGACAAACACGGGACCACAACUCCGACGCCCUUCGAUGAAGAGGAACUCGCGAAAAAGUGGCGAGAGAUUCUGGGCGCAAAUAAUGAAGUCAUCGUGGCUCAGGUGGAGAAAUUCAGCGAGAACAGCGGCCUUGGGAUCAGCCUGGAAGCCAACGGCGGCCAUCACUACAUCCGCUCCGUGCUGCCCGAAGGACCCGUCGGCCGUUGCGCCAAACUAUUCAGCGGAGAUGAAAUGGUCGAGGUCAACGGUAUAUCCCUGAUCGGUGAGAGCCACAAGGAGGUGGUCCGAAUCUUGAAGGAGCUGCCGCUCUGUGUGUACGUGACAUGCUGUAGACCCGCCCCCCGCCAGCAGGCCGACAUCGACGCUUCAAAACCACAAGUGGAAGCUUCGUCUGCCAGAUGCCAAUUAAAGCAGGAACAAAUCGACCUGAGCGUCGUGGAAGUGGUGGAAGCGGCAAAUGACGUGACUCCGGAGGCGACGGCAUCGCCUUUGGCCAUGUGGGAGCUGGAGAUCCAAAAUAUUGAACUGGAGAAAGGAGCAGGAGGAUUGGGAUUCAGCAUUCUGGACUACCAGGACCCACUGGACCCAGCCAAAACGGUCAUCGUGAUUCGUUCCGUGGUUCCCAACGGUGUGGCCGAGCAGGACGGACGACUCCUGCCGGGCGACCGACUGGUGUUCGUCAACGACACCAACCUGGAAAGCGCCAGCCUGGAAGAUGCUGUCCAAGCUCUCAAGGGGGCUGAGCUUGGCAUGGUGCAAAUCGGGGUGGCCAAACCCCUGCCCGGGAUAAGUGGGGAUUCCUACUCAGCGCAGCUUUACGGUGGGCAGGAAGUCACGUCGCUCUCCGCCCGCCGGUCAUUUGACUUCAGCGGUAGUUUGCUCGAAGACCGAGACGAAGAAGAACUGCCCGGCGGAGUCCUUUUCCGAGCAGAGCCAGCAUUGGUGGACACCAGUGAAGUGGACCAAAAGGGUCUGGAGCACGCUUACUACGGCGACGAGGACACAUUCCAGGCCUCGUUGAUUGCGCUUCACGGAAGUAGCUCGGACCUGGAUUUCCUGAACGUAUCCACGCCAGAGACUUCAAGUUACCUCGACUUUGUACCGGCGUCCGUGACUGCCCGUCUAGGCGCUUCCGAUGAGGACCUAGCCACCGCCGAGGAAACGACGGAGCACUCCGACUCCUACAGUCCGUUUCUUGACCUCCAGACCACACCCGAAGUGCAGCCUGAACCGGCGGAACCGGUUCAAUGUCAACCAGAAGAGCCCUUUGUCGAUUUUGUGGGUCAACCGAUCUCGCCGGAGGACGAGGACGCGGGAGCCGACGCUGCCGGCCAAGCUGCAAUCUCAGGGAGCAAUUUCGAACGGACGAUCACGGUUGUCAAGGGCAACUCGAGUCUUGGAAUGACGGUGAGCGCCAUGACAGAGGGCCUGGGGAUGCUGAUCCGAAGCAUCAUCCACGGCGGGUCCAUCAGUCGGGACGGGCGCCUGGGAGUGGGCGACCUCAUCCUGGCCAUUAACGGCGAGCCCACUGCCAAGCUGAGCAACGCUCAGGCCCGCGCCAUGCUUCGCAGGCACUCUCUUAUCGGACCGGACAUGGGAUCUGCUCGCACACCCGACGAUGAUCUGUGCCCAUUUUAUGUCAUCACGUACGUCCCGGCGGAAUAUUUGGAGGAGUACAAGAGCAGCCUGGAGCGGAGCGACAAAGACGACGUCUUCUUCGAACCGACGUCUGUUCCGGCUCCAAAGGAUGUUCCCAACCUUCCCGAGCGGGAGGAUGGUGAGGGAGAGGAGAGUGUGUCUUACAGCAACUGGAACCAACCAAGACUAGUGGAGCUUUUCAGACAGCCAGGCAAGUCCCUGGGCAUCAGCAUUGUCGGCGGCCGCGGGAUGGGCAGCCGGCUGAGCAACGGCGAGGUGAUGCGGGGCAUUUUCAUCAAGCACAUCCUGGACGACAGUCCCGCCGGACACAACGGCACCUUGAAGACCGGAGACAGGAUUGUGGAGGUGGAUGGCGUGGAUCUGAGAGACGCCAGUCACGAGGAGGCGGUGGAGGCCAUACGCAGGGCAGGAAAUUCUGUGUCCUUCCUGGUGCAGAGUAUUAUCCAGAAACCCAGGUCGUCAACGAGUGCAGAAUCCAUCGAGGAGAAAGUGCCAUCUCUACCAAGGGACAAGGAGGACAAGGAGGGUGACAGUCACAGUAGACUUGUCCUCCGCCUCUCCCCAACUAACCCUUUCACUCCUACCCCGUUUAAGCCGAAGAAGCGUGACGCUGCAAAGGCGGCGCCCGCCACCGUGGCCCUCGCCCUGCCGGUGUUGCCGCACGCGGGGGAGACGGACACCGACACUCUGACGGAGACUCCGGCUCAGCCCAUCGGGGCUGACGUGGGAAACGGCGAAGAGGAGGCGGCGGAGUCGGGAUACAGCUGGGAGAACGUCGUCCAGCGCUACGGCAACCUCCCGGGUGUCCUGCACGCCAUCGAGCUGGAGAAGGGCAAGACGGGCCUGGGCCUCAGCCUGGCUGGCAACCGGGACCGCGCCCGCAUGAGCGUCUUUGUGGUGGGCAUCGACCCCGCGGGGGCGGCCGGGACCGACGGACGCAUGCUCGUCGGGGACGAGCUCCUCGAGAUUAAUGGACAGGUCCUCUACGGCCACAGUCACCAGAAUGCAUCUUCCAUAAUCAAAAGCUCCCCAUCUAAAGUCAAAAUCAUCUUUAUCAGGAACACAGAGGCACUGGAGCAGAUGGCGGUGGGACCCGUGAGAGAACCCGAGGGAGACGCAGUCGAGCCCCACGCGGAGGAAGACUUUGCGGUUGGUGAAGGCACCACGGAGGACAAUGUAACCAUCCAGGAAAGCUGCACCGCAGCUGUGAAUAAGGAAUCAGAGGUCGCCAGUCUACCCAACAUGCUUUGCACCAGUCAACCCGAAACAGUUACAAGUCAUAGUCGUUCGUCCAGCCUGUCUACGCUGGCCUGCGACCCAGCAACGUGCCCCAUCAUCCCGGGCUGCGAGACCACCAUCGACAUCUCCAAAGGGCGGACGGGCCUGGGGCUCAGCAUCGUUGGGGGCUGCGACACCUUGCUGGGAGCCAUCAUCAUCCACGAGGUGUACGAAGAAGGUGCGGCCUCCAAGGAUGGCAGGCUUUGGGCUGGAGACCAAAUCCUAGUGGUGAACGGCAUCGACUUGCGCGCGGCGAGCCACGACGAGGCCAUCAACGUGCUGCGGCAGACCCCGCAGCGAGUCCAGCUGACCGUCUACAGGGACGAGGCUCAGUACAAGGAGGAGGAACUGUGGGACUCGUUCAUCGUGGAGCUGCAUAAAAGGCCCGGCCAGGGCCUGGGACUAAGCAUCGUGGGGAGGAGAUCGCGGGACCAAAGGAACGACACGGGGGUGUUUGUGUCCGACAUCAUCAAAGGAGGAUUAGCGGACGCCGACGGCCGACUGAUGCAGGGUGACCAGAUCCUGUCGGUCAACGGAGAAGACGUCCGGUCCGCCACCCAGGAAGCAGUCGCCGAUCUUCUCAAGUGCUGUGUCGGUUCGCUGAAGAUGGACGUCGGGAGGUUUAAAGCCGGCCCCUUCCACUCGCAACGAAGGCUGUCCCAAAGUAGCCAGAUGGAACAGACAAGUGAACCUUGCACCUCCAAGGUGGGUUCAGAAAUCCUUUCUGGCGAUCCGAGUCAACAGGCGCCAGAUCACCAGGACGUGAGAACGGCGGAGUUCACCAAAGGCCCCGGCGACUCCCUGGGCGUCAGUAUUGCAGGUGGGGUGGGCAGCCCCUUGGGCAACAUACCCAUCUUUAUCGCCAUGAUGAACCCCGUCGGCCUGGCAGCCCAGACCCAAAAGCUAAUGGUGGGGGACCGGAUCAUGAGUAUCUGUGGAACUUCUACCGAAGGCAUGAGCCACUCGCAAGCCGUCACUUUGCUCAAGAACGCCACAGGGACAAUACAGCUGCAAGUGGUGGCGGGCGGCGACAACACCGUGACCGGCGCGGCUCAGGAGCAGGCGGCCGGAGGACUCCCGCCGCCCAGCUGCAUCUUCCAAGAUGACCUCAGCCCUCCUCAGUACAAAAGCAUCACGCUGGCGCGAGGAGCGGACGGUCUGGGCUUCAGCAUCGUCGGAGGCUACGGCAGCCCCCACGGGGACCUGCCCAUCUACGUCAAGACGGUGUUCGGCAAGGGGGCGGCGGCGGAGGACGGCCGCCUGAAGCGGGGCGACCAGAUCGUGGCGGUCAACGGGCAGCCGCUAGAGGGCGUCACGCACGAGGAGGCCGUGGGCAUCCUGAAGAGGACCAAAGGAAGCGUUACGCUGACCGUCCUGUCCUAGAUGCUCCUCAAACCUUCAUUGACUGGAACGCCAACGCACCACAGUGCGAUCCAGUUACAGUCAAUUGAGCGAAAGGCUAAAUUAGCUGACAUUAUUCUUAUUCUUAUUCCAGUCCCAGUUUUGAGCACAUGCCGGACCUCUGGGGUGAACUAUAGUGCUGCUAAAGUUUUUCAGUGCAUCAUAUCAGUGUUGAAUCCUCCACCUCACUAAAAGUAUUAGCGCAUACAUUGACACAAAGCCAGUAUGACGGACAGUGUUUCUUUCAUGUGAAUUCCCUUUUUUGUUUCUAAAUACAUUACUCACGUUUGAAAAUAAUUGCUAAAAACAUGUAUUGAUAUGAAGUGUUAAACUGUUUUUCCACCAUUUCAGUUUUCCAGAUUUUUGGGGCGUGGCUAAAAACACGAGUUGCCCCCUCCCCCGCAACAUAAGAACUUCAGCACCUUUAUUCGCAUCAGCGGCUAUCCAGCAAAGUUACGAUGUGCAAUUGGCUAGCUAGCAAUGCUUGUACCCUGAAAAUGCAUCUCCUCUUCAGAUAGUCCGCUGCCGGGGUCGCUUUAGAGCGCCUCGUUGUCGGCCGUGAGUGCACGCACAUCACUGAGAGAAGGCGGAAGAGCAAGGGGAGGAAAAAAAAAAGUCAGACCUGUCAGCCAGAAUGUGGACAGGGGCUUCGCGCUGGCAUGGACCCUUUAGAGCGCCUCAUUGUCAGCCGUGAGUGCACGCAUGUCAUGCAGUGAAAGACGGAAGACCAAGGAGGGAGAACUUUUUUUUUUUUUUGAGAAGUCCAACCUGUAAGCAAUCAUUUGGACAGGAGCUCCACGCUGGUGUGGCCGCUUUAGAGAGCCUCGUUGUCACGGCGUGGGAAAACCCCCCGACGACCCAGUGUGCUAUAUUCCAGCCACCGCAACUCGCAACUUAAACAUGUACUUACGUGUAGGCAUAAGAAAGAUGCUUUACCGAGUAGCAUCUAUUUUCCCAGGUCGUAGUACUGAUAUUUUGAUUGACAGUUGAGCAGGGCAUGAUUUUAGUGCAUUCAGCACACACGCCCAAAGUUUUUGAGAGCAGAGACACCGACGGAUUUAUUAUUAUUUUAUUUUUUUUACUAUUUUUAUAUGCUUGGCAAUUUUUUUUAAUCGUUCAAAUUUGGCCAGGGUUGUUAACAACACUGUUCUCUGUGCUGUGUCAAAUUUAGAAGACAUUUAUUUUCACUUGACAGCAACUUUACCAAACAAAACAACAACUGUGUGCCGUCCUUGUUCUAUUGUCUAGUCUUGUCUGUUGGCUGUCGUACCAACCUAAAUGUGAUUCGAGAGAUUUCCCAAUGGACAGAAUUCCAUUUAUUCACACUGGAUUUAAGAAAAUUAACAAUAAUAAAUGGAUUCAGUCCUUUU